GUUUGUCACCCGUGCUUCGUACUGCGGCGUGUUCAAAAGGGACUGAGGGAACCGCGACGACUUCAUUCUUCUCUUCCGCUGCAUUUAAGGAGACUGAGCGACGGUAUUCGGAUUGGGAAAAGGGGGUCCUUUCCCUCACAGGAGCGGUUCAAGAGGCUGAGAAGACGCGCACGCCUGAUGAUGACACAGUGCAGGGCCCUUUCCUCGUCUUAAACUCAAUCCUAAAUGGAUCCUGCCCUCCCGAGGGAGUAGCCCAGAAGGGCGCAGCUGGGCGACGGUACGCAUGCUUGGAAGGGGGAAGCCAAUUGCUCGAGCUGAAAGAAAGCUGCGUGAAGGCCCUGGGCGUGCAACAGUCUGUAGUUCCAGAGCCAACCCUGUCAGGCCGACACAACCAGGGUGGGGCCACCGGGGGAGAAAACCCGAAGCCUUGCAGCGGGGGACGUAAGGGGGGCACCCGCAUCCCACAGGGAGCGUCCGUCCUCGCUGCGCCGGUGCGGCUGGUGCCGGGCGGGCAUCUGCUGCGGAACGCGGAGCAUCCCACCUGCAUCUCCCCGGAGAAGGCCUUGUGCGGGCCUCCGUCUCCCCGUGGAGAGCCAGCGGCGCGCCGGGCUCCAGGCUGCUGCGGCAAGAUGUCGGUGACGUUCGAGGACGUGGCCAUCUACUUCUGCCCCGAGGAGUGGGCCGAGCUGGCGGGCUGGCAGCGGCGGCUCUACCGGGAGGUGAUGCUGGAGAACUACCAGGCGGUGGCCUGGCUGGGCUGGUGCGCCGUCAAGCCGGAGAUCAUCUGCAAGAUGGAGCGAGAAGAGACGCCGUGUGUGCCAGAGUGCCCUGGGGCGCGGCGGAGGCACCGCAGCCCUGAGCCAGCCCCCAAGAGACCCCACACCUGCACUGAGUGUGGGAAGAGCUUCAAAAAGAGCUGGGACCUGAAGAAUCACCAGCAGAUACACACGGGUGCACGGCCCUUCUCCUGCCAGCAGUGUGGCCGCAGCUUUCGGCUGAAGCACAUCCUGGCGUCCCACCAGAAGGUGCACAGCGGGGAGAAGCCCUUUGGCUGCACUGACUGUGGGAAGCACUUCGCUCAGAAGCAUCAGCUGCUGAGCCACCAGCGAGUGCACACCGACGUGAAGCCCUUCGCCUGCAGCCACUGCGGCCACUGCUUCAGGCGAAAGUACCACUUGGUCCGCCACCAGAGCGUCCACACCGGGGAGCGCCCCUUCGCCUGCACCCGCUGCCCCAUGGCCUUCAGAGACAAGAAUGGCCUCACCAUCCAUGAGCAGGUCCACACCGGGGAGUGCCGCUUCACCUGUGCCCACUGCCACAAGAGCUUCAGGAACCAGACAGAGCUCACCAUCCACCAGCGGAUCCACACUGGGGAGCGCCCCUUCGCCUGCACCCGCUGUCCCAAGAGCUUUAUGUACAAGCAGACUCUCAUCAUGCACCAGCGGGUGCACACUGGGGAGCGCCCCUUUGCCUGCGCCCACUGCCCCAAAGUCUUCAGGGACAAGCAUGCCCUCACUGAACACCAGCGGGUCCACACUGGGGAGCGCCCCUUUGCCUGUGCCCACUGCCCUAAAGCCUUCAGGGACAAGAAGACCCUCACUGAACACCAGUGGAUCCACACCGGGGAGCGCCCCUUUGCCUGCACCAGCUGCCCCAAGACCUUCAGGGACAAGAGGAACCUCACCAUCCACCAGCGGGUCCACACUGGGGAGCGCCCCUUCGCCUGCACCCAGUGCCCCAAGGCUUUCAGAGACAAGCAGACCCUCACCAACCACCAGCGGGUCCACACCGGGGAGCGCCCCUUUGCCUGCACCCAGUGCCCCAAGGCCUUCAAGGACAAGCAGACCCUCAUAGUCCAUGAGCAGGUGCACACCGAGGAGCGCCCCUUCACCUGCGCCCACUGCACCAAGGCUUUCAAGCGAAAGAAGACCCUGAUAGUCCACCAACGCAUCCAUACUGGGGAGUGCCCCUUCGCCUGCACCCUCUGCCCCGAGGCCUUCAAGCACAAGAAGUCCCUCAUCACCCACCAGCUGGUCCAUGCUGAUGAGAUGCCCUACAAGUGCCCCAAGACCUUCAACCAGAUGCACGAUCUGCAUUUACACGAGCAGGUGAAUCGUAGCCUUCCGACAGUGGUGGAGGGUGGGCAGCAACAGGGGGAAGGUCUGUCCCCAGUGUGAGGGCGGGCGGAGGCCAAGCCCUUCGCAGUCACUGCAGAGCUGCCAUCACAGUCACCAUAGACCUGCCAUCGCAGCCACUGGAGGAGAACUGCCGCACCGUUCAGUUGCCCCCACCUGGGUGUUUAGUGCCACUUGGGUGCCCGGGGGUGUCUGAGCUGCCCAGGGAUGGCACGGGGGCACAGGCAGGUGCUCUGCAUCCUCCAGGAGAUGGACCCAAGGCCAGGCGUGUCCUGGGCACGGCCACCCUCUGCCGGCAGCGCCGGCGGGGAGCGGGGCUCUGCCAGCUGCCGGGACAGCAGGGACUUCAAAUGAGGCGGGAGGCAGGGCCGGCCCCUGGCCCGGGAGAUGCGCCUGGCCCCGCUCCUCAGCGCUGGAGGACGGCGAGGCCGAGCCGCAGCCGAUACGGGCUGGCACACGGGAGAGCGGCCGUACAGCAGGAGCAGCCGCCGGCAGGGCUGCAGAGCCCGGGGCGGGUAAAAGUGAGGGUGAAACUGGUGGGUUGGGAUGAAUAUACCUUAAUAAUGAAAAAGAAAUAAUAAUAGAAAACUAAAGUGUAAGGAAAUGUAAGUGCUCUUCUUGGGUACUGAAGGCUCCUGCUGUCAGGAGCUUCCAAAAAUCCUAUUUUCGUUGCUAUUUCUCCCCUUUGCACCGAGCCGGGUGCGACUGUGCUGGGGCAGAGGAGGCGGAGAACUGGGGAGUAAAGUUAAACCCGGGACUUGAGUUGCGCGUUACGGGAAUUACUCGAGCGGGAGCCCCUUGUUGGAGCCGGGUGGGAGCAAGGGGAGGAGUUCCCUGCAACGUCAAACCCCGUAACCUGGCCCAAAGGGCCCCGGGCCGGGGAUUGGAACGGAAAGACCUUUAAAUCGGUGCAACCCACGAUUUGUGUUGCUCUCCUGGUUCCCUUGGGGAUAGGGUUAAUUUUCCCAAGGAACUGGCAUGGGACAUGGGUAUUCCGUACAGCUGCUUGGAGCGGGCUGGGGCGUCCUGGGUCUGGUGGGUGAGCGGUGGUACCGUAAUCGUGUUUGUACAUUCCUCUAUCAAUAUUAUUGUUUUCCCUUUGCUGUUCUGUUAAACUACUUUUAUCUCAACUGAUGAGUUUUGCCUUUUUGUUUCAAUUCUCCGCCACUGGUGUGUGGGGGUGAGAGCGGCCGCGUGGCUCUUUGUUGCCGGCUGAGGCAAAACCAUGACAGUCCGUUUUGAUGCCCAACGAGGCGCUCGAAGGCUUGAGAUAACAACAGAUCUGACCAGAGCAUGUUAAAAUGAAAUUUCUUGUAUGUAUUUAUUGUAUUAGUUAAAUAGUCACUGGUCACAGCGUUGCUUUGUUUGUUCUCAUGUUUACGUACAUUCUUGUAUGCCCUGUAAACCCCCCACGAUGCUGUUUGUCGCCUCUGGGAGAGGGAUCGGGAUUAUAAUCUUGCUGUCCUGUGUAAUAUCAAUUUAUGAUACAAUAACAUAACUUUAUGAUACAAUAA